AUGGUCUCCAGUUCGACCUCCGCUCUUCGCCGGGCUUUGCUCUACGUCCCAGCGUCCUCAACACGAAUGCUAACCAAAUCCCUCGGUCUCACCUGCGACACCAUCAUCUACGACCUCGAGGACUCGGUGACGCCCGACGCAAAGACCGAAGCUCGCGAUGCCCUCAACCAGCACUUAUCUCGAUUAUCUGCGCUACCGCCCUCCGUCUCCGAGAUCGCCAUCCGCGUCAACCGCGCCGGAUCUUCCUUUCUAGAGAAAGACCUCAAGCUUGCCGCGUCGAUCCCUCUCGUUGACACCGUCGUCGUGCCCAAAGUCAACACCAUCGGGGACUUGAGGGCUGUCUCCCACGUGUUGAAGAACUUCGAGAACAAAAGCUACAAAGAGAUACGCAAUAAGCCCAUAAGGGUUAUAGCCAUGAUCGAGUCGGCACGCGCUAUAAUGAACAUCUCGUCGAUUAUUAGAGGCCCGCGCCUCAACGGCCUAAUGUUUGCGGCUGAGGACUUUGCCCUCGACUUGUCGCUCACGCGGACGCCGGAUUUGACCGAGUUCUUAUAUGCGCGGUCUGCCAUGGUGACAGCCGCCCGCGUUGAGAACAUCCCUAGUGUAAUAGAUUUGGUAUGCACAUCAUAUCAAGGGAAGGAGGGGCUAACGCGGCUAGAGGAAGAAUGCCGGGGCGGAAAGGCCAUGGGAUUCAAUGGCAAGCAGUGCAUUCAUCCUUCGCAGGUCGAGACGGUGCAGCGACUCUUCUCUCCCUCCAAGAAGGAGGUUGAGUGGGCUGUCAGGAUCACCGUAGCGAACAAGAAAGCCGCGGCUGAGAAAAGAGGGGCUUGGACCCUGGAUGGUAAAAUGAUUGAUGCCCCUGUUUUCGGUAGGGCGGUAGAAAUAGUUGAAAAGGCGCGAAAAUGUGGCAUGGAUGUUGAUGGACUACGAGAAAAAUGGAAAGAUCAAGAGCCUGAAUAG